AUGACGAUAGAAGAAGAAGCAGCAGAAUGCCUUCGGAUUUGGGACCGCAGGCCUGCCUUCGGUCUCUCAGCAGCCAAACUGCUCACUGAGUCAGGCCUGAACGUGGUGUUGCUGGAAGCCAAUGACAGGGUUGGCGGAAGAACUUUCACCGUAAGGAAUAAGCAAGUUAAAUAUGUGGAUCUUGGAGGAGCUUACGUGGGGCCAACGCAAAAUCGUCUUCUGCGGUUGUCUAAAGAGUUAGGAAUAGAGACGUAUAAAGUGAAUGAAGUUGAGCACCUGAUACACCAUGUCAAGGGUAAGUCCUACCCCUUUAAAGGUGCUUUCCCUCCUAUGUGGAAUCCACUGGUCUACCUGGACUACAACAACCUGUGGAGAACUCUGGAUGAAAUGGGAAAAGAGAUUCCAAAUGAAGCCCCAUGGAAGGCUCCACAUGCAGAAGAAUGGGACAAAAUGACUAUGAAAGACUUACUGGAUAAAAUUUGUUGGACAAAUGCUGCCAAGAGUUUCGCAACUCUGUUUGUGAAUGUGGAUGUCACUUCUGAACCCCACGAGGUCUCUGCCCUUUGGUUUUUGUGGUAUGUGAAGCAGUGUGGAGGAACAGUGAGGAUAUUCUCAACAACUAAUGGAGGGCAGGAGAGAAAGUUUGUUGGGGGCUCUGGCCAGAUCAGUGAGAAAAUCAUGGAGCGCCUGGGAGGCCGGGUGAAGCUGAGGAAGCCAGUCAUCCGCAUCGACCAGUCGGGUGAAAGUGUCAUAGUGGAAACCUUAGAUCGUGAAUUAUAUGAGGGCAAAUAUGUGAUCAGUGCCAUUCCCCCUGCUCUUGGUUUGAAGAUUCAUUUCAACCCACCUUUGCCACCAAUGAGAAACCAGCUCAUCAACCGAAUCCCCAUGGGCUCAGUCAUCAAGUGUAUUGUGUACUAUAAGGAAACUUUCUGGAGAAAGAAGGGGUAUUGUGGCACCAUGAUCAUUGAAGAUGAGGAUGCUGCAAUUGGUUUAACACUUGAUGAUACAAAGCCUGAUGGCAGCUUUCCUGCCAUAAUUGGCUUCAUUCUUGCUCGGAAGUGUAGAAGACUGACGGGUCUCACAAAAGAAGAAAGGAAGACAAGGCUGUGUGAGCUCUAUGCAAAGGUUCUGGGAUCAGAGGAGGCUUUACAUCCAGUGCAUUAUGAAGAGAAGAACUGGUGUGAAGAGCAGUAUUCUGGGGGCUGCUACACAGCCUACUUCCCACCAGGCAUAAUGACUCAGUAUGGAAGGAUCAUUCGGCAGCCCAUUGGCAGGAUCUAUUUUGCUGGCACAGAGACAGCCACUGAGUGGAGUGGAUACAUGGAGGGAGCGGUACAGGCUGGAGAAAGAGCUGCCAGAGAGAUACUGUUUGCUAUGAGGAAAAUCCCAGACAGUGAAAUUUGGAAGCCAGAACCUGAAUCAACUGAUGUUCCAGCUUUGCCCAUCACUACAACUUUUUGGGAGAGGAACUUGCCAUCUGUGCCGGGACUGCUAAAGCUGAUUGGAUUUUCCACUUUCUUCACUUCCGUGGCUGCGGCAGGAUUAUUUGCGUACAAAAAAGGACUUCUGGUUCGAAACUGA